AAUUUCUGACACAUAGGAAGAAAAAAAAAGAGGAGGAGAUAACGAAAGAAGUUUGACGUUUAGGAAAACAGUCCCAUUUGCUCCGAAGGAGAAGAACGAGCCAAACUGCGGACGCUAGGAUUUGAAUCGGUUUAGUUCACUUGCAGCCCUUGCAAGCGCGUGCCAGUGAGGUGUUUAUUUGCUUUUUGGGGAGUUUUUUUUGGAAGUCUGGCGGCGACAUAUGUUCAGUUUCCCCUGCAGCCGCGGAGCAGAUUGGCGGCGGAGGCUGAAUUCCAGUGUCUCUGUAUCUUUUGAAUGGAAGUGCUCGGCUGUCAGCGGAGUAAAGCUCAAUAUCGUGGUAACGCGCGACUGUCAGGUUGAAGAAGUGCAGCAGUGGCUCGCGCUCGACUCAAAAACCCUACGGCUUGUUUUCAUAUCAGCCCGAACCUUCCUCAUGUUUACUGGAUAAACAUUUGAGUUGUAUGCCAACUGCGUCUAAGUUACCCCGCCUUGACACUUUGGACGGACUCGUGUGGGGAAGAGGAGUGCUUUAUUAUCGCGUGUGUUGUUCAUUUGUAACGCGAGCUCAGCUGGAUUGCUUCUCGUGCACGAGCCCAACCGAAACAUGCCAGUCAGGAAAAAAGAUGCAGAGCGGGCUUUGUUUCUGCUGGAGGAAUACCGGUCAAAACUCAGUAACACUGAAGACAAACAGCUGAGAAACUCCAUCCAGAGAGUCAUUGACAUCUUCCAGAGUAACCUCUUCCAGGCGCUCAUAGAUAUCCAGGAAUUUUACGAAGUGACCUUAUUGGAUAACCAGAGAUAUGGGGAAUCAGUGAAAGUGCCCGAUGCCAUGCCCCCGGUGAACCUGUGGGAUUUCUCCAGCAUUCAAAGCGCAACAGUGACUUCAGAUACCCUGCCCAGCCUUAGCACCAGCAUAGAGGACUCUUCUCUCCUAAAUGAAAUUCUUCAUGUGCUCGCUAAAGCGAAAUCCUCCCCCAGUGAGCUGGACCAAAAGUACAGGCACCAUGAUGAGGACACAGGAUCUCCACAGGAGCAGAGCUCGCCACAGCUUACUGAUGAGGCUCCCAGGCCAGAACUGGUCCAGGUGGCCGAGAAAAACCUAUCCCAGAUUGAAAACGUCCAUGGCUACGUAGCACAUGCACAUAUCUCCCCAAUGAAGGUUGAAUCACUGGAAUGCAUCUUCGAUGGGGCAUCUACUGUAGUGAAUGAGGAGAGUCCUCCUCCUCCUACUACUUCCCUCUCCAACCCGUACCCUCAAAGUCCUGUGACCGUCCAGCAGACAGAUGCUGUCCCACCCUCCACUCUCAUAAUCCCUGUGAUCCCAAUCUCCACUGUCCCUUCGGAGCCCGCUGUCAUCCCUCCACCGACGUCACAGGCAAAUCCUCCCCCUGUUGUGGUAAAUACAGAGAGUUUGGAUUCAGCCCCAUAUGUUAACGGCACAGAGGCUGACUUUGAAUAUGAGGAGAUUUCACUGGAACGGGGUAAUUCAGGCCUGGGCUUCAGUAUCGCUGGUGGCACAGAUAACCCACACAUUGGUGAAGACCCUAGCAUUUUCAUCACCAAAGUCAUCCCAGGGGGUGCUGCUGCUCAGGACGGGAGAUUACGGGUGAAUGAUGUGAUUCUGCGAGUGAAUGAGGUGGACGUAAGGGACGUGACCCACAGUAAAGCUGUAGAGGCAUUAAAGGAGGCGGGGUCACUGGUCAAACUUUAUGUCAGGAGGAGAAAAUCUGCCUCUGAGAAAGUCAUGGAGAUCAAGCUCAUCAAAGGUCCCAAAGGUCUUGGUUUUAGUAUAGCAGGGGGUGUUGAAAAUCAACACAUCCCAGGGGACAAUAGCAUCUACGUCACUAAGAUUAUUGAAGGUGGAGCUGCACACAAAGACGGGAGGCUGCAAAUAGGAGACAAACUUCUUGCAGUGAAUAGCUCCUGCCUGGAGGAGGUUACCCAUGAGCAUGCCGUGACUGCCUUGAAAAAUACUCCAGACGUGGUCUACUUGAAAGUGGCUAAACCCAAUAGUGUCUUUAUGAAUGACAGUUUUGCCCCUCCUGACAUCACCAACUCUUAUUCCCAGCAUAUGGAAAACCAUAUCAGCCCUCCGAGCUAUCUGAGCCAACCCUUGCCCCCGGUGCAUUCUGGACGCUACUCUCCAACCCCAAAGACUGUGAUGGGUGAUGAUGACACCUCCAGCAGAGAGCCCAGGAAGGUGGUACUGCAUCGUGGUUCUACAGGGCUUGGCUUCAACAUUGUGGGUGGAGAGGAUGGAGAGGGCAUCUUUAUCUCUUUCAUCCUGGCUGGAGGCCCUGCAGACCUUUGUGGAGAGCUAAGGAAAGGAGACCGCCUGGUGUCUGUGAAUGGAAUAGACCUACGCAGUGCCACUCAUGAACAGGCUGCCACAGCUCUGAAGAAUGCCGGACAAACUGUCACCAUUGUUGCCCAGUACAGACCAGAGGAGUACAGACGAUUUGAGGCCAAGAUCCAUGACCUGAGAGAGCAGAUGAUGAACAGUAGCAUCAGCUCAGGCUCAGGAUCCCUGAGGACCAGUCAGAAGAGAUCGCUAUACGUCAGAGUGCUGUUUGAUUAUGAUAAAACAAAGGAUUCGGGAUUGCCCAGCCAGGGCCUGAACUUCAAGUUUGGGGAUAUCCUGCAUGUGGUGAACGCUUCAGAUGAUGAGUGGUGGCAGGCACGGCAGGUCACUCCUCAAGGAGAGGUGGAGGAGAUGGGCGUCAUCCCUAGCAAGAGGAGAGUGGAGAAGAAGGAGAGAGCCAGAUUAAAGACAGUAAAAUUCAACUCAAAGUCACGAGAGAAAGGGCAGUCCCUCAAUGACAAGCGUAAAAAGAACCUCUUUUCUCGCAAGUUCCGCUUCUACAAGAACAAGGAGGCGAGUGAGCAGGAAACAAGCGAUGUGGACCAGCAUGUCACCUCUAAUGCCAGUGAUAGUGAGAGUAGUUACCGUAGUCAGGAGGAAUAUGUGCUGUCAUAUGAGCCAGUCUGUCAACAAGAAGUGAACUACUCACGACCAGUGAUUAUCUUGGGUCCGAUGAAAGACAGAGUAAACGAUGACCUUAUAUCAGAAUUCCCUGACAAAUUUGGCUCCUGUGUUCCCCAUACAACAAGGCCAAAGCGGGAUUACGAGGUGGACGGGAGAGACUACCACUUUGUCGUGUCCAGAGAGCAGAUGGAGAGAGAUAUACAGGAGCACAAGUUCAUUGAGGCAGGCCAGUACAACAGUCACCUGUAUGGAACCAGCGUGCAGUCUGUCAGAGAGGUGGCCGAGAAGGGCAAACACUGCAUUCUAGAUGUAUCAGGCAACGCUAUCAAGAGACUGCAAGUUGCUAAGCUUUACCCCAUCGCUAUUUUCAUCAAACCAAAAUCAAUGGAGAACAUUAUGGAGAUGAACAAAAGACUGACAGAGGAACAAGGCAGGAAGACAUACGACAGAGCCAUGAAGCUGGAACAGGAGUUUAUGGAGCACUUCACAGGCAUUGUUCAGGGGGACACUUUGGAAGAGAUCUACGAUCAAGUAAAACAGAUCAUCGAGGAACAAUCUGGGCCAUACAUAUGGGUACAGUCCAAGGAGAAACUAUGAGCACCUUCAAGAGUUUGUCAUCCCUCUCUCUCUGCCUGUUUUAUUUAUUGAUUCUGUUCUUUUUUUGGUCUUUUUUUUUAUCUCAAUUGGGCUUCUCCAAUUGACAACUCAACAAAUUAAUUCCUUAAUCCAACAAACUUCAAUCUCAGUUCAGUCCUGCAUCACCUCCUGACUUCUAGCUCUUCAGUAGCUAUUUAAAGCGAAGAGGAUCUGUCCUCCUCAGAUCUCAACUGCUUCCAAGCUUACAGAAAGCAAAGCUAUGACAGACCAGCAUCUGUUUACCAGAGUUUUGGAAACGGUACAGUUCCUUAAUGUUUAAGGGAGGUUACUUUGUUAGGAAAAAAGUAAAAGUGAUGUAGACUUUCUGAUGCAAGUCUCUUUUAAUUUUUCUUGUUCUAUUCUUUGUUCUUUUUGUGUAAGAUAGUAAUAUGGGGCUGGAGUCUCAGGCAUUGGAUUCAUGAAACGGUGAAAAACACUCACACAAACAAGCAAAACUUUGCACGUUAUAGCUUCUACGACCAUGUGUUCUUUAGCCCUCUUUCUUGUGGUUCAUUUCCACCGUAGUCCCGUACAUUCGGCACAUUGUCAGUUUCUUCUUUUUUUUCCCUUGACUGUUGUAUUGGCAUGCUUAUUGUAUUGGCAUCCUCAUUCUAAAUGUCCACGUUAUGGAGCCAUUGUGUUUAGACGAAGUUGCGCUGCACCGGUAUGAGACGUGUGCCGCCACCGUUAGAAUGUUGGAGUCUACAGUCAGUGUCUUACACAAGAGUACGUGUUUUCAACACAUUGAUUUACAUUUAGGAAAGUCUGCCAUUUGUAAGGAACUGAUAUUUUUAAGAGAUGUCUUCUCACUAAAUAAAAUGCCACUGCUUAUGUGGAAGAAAUUUAUUGUACAAUGAGAUCUUAACAGAUAUUUAACCCUCCAUAAACUGCCUAUUUUGUUAUAAUAAAAGUCUAUAUUGAGCUUUACUUGA